UAUUAUUAUUAUUAUUAUUAUUGCAAAUUCUUAGAUUAUUGCAAGUUGCAUAUAGAUAUAACCGUAUAUUAAUCCGUCUCAAAUGAUUGACAGGCGCACCACACUGCUGGGCUGUGACGUAGUCCUGCCGCUACGUCACAAGGAAUGCCCCAGAAUGUGCAUUAUGAUGUCACCCGUCGACCUGUCACCGUUGGGUGACGCUGCCAUGACAACAGUGGACCGGUGUUGGACAGUAGUACACUUUGUGGCUAAGUGGGUGGGUGAAAGAGGACUUUCUACAAAACCAGUUUGCCCCGUACAAACCAGUUAAACCACGCCCUGGUUCGUCUCCAGUCUCUCCGCCUCGCCGCGAUGGUUCUGCCGUGUCUGCCCUCCUGCACAAGGCUCUCGUUGCGGUCCUGUGCUUGGCUCGACUCCCCUCUGGUUGCGGCGUGUCAGAGGAAGGUGUUCACCGUCUCGCUGCCGAAGAAAGACGUCUACACCGGGCUGUCCCUGUCCCUGCUCAUGCUGCACUUCGGGGUCCUCAUGAGCGAUCUCACCCUGCACUCCGCUGCACAGACAGCAGAGGGAUCGAGUCACAACUACACCGUCAUGCUUAUGCUGUCCCAUGUAAUGAGUUUCUACCUGUCUCUGCUGGGCUGGGUGUACUCCCUGCAGACUGGGGCCCGGAGGCUGAGCGCUGUGGCCUUCGUAUCAACCUGUCUGAAUCUCACGCUGUUCUUGGCUCGCUUCUCGUUUGAGUUUGUUGUGAUCCAGUACCGAGCGGAGCUGUACUGAGGUGCUGUCAGUCCCGGAGCGACCCGGUCCACAAUCCUCCCUAUGCUUCUUUAGAAUACUUCACAGACUUUUUAUUAUUGAAAUAUGCUAUGAAUCCAUAAACAAUCAUGAGAAACAAUAACAGAUACAAAAUUAAAAGUUGACCUGAACUGUGACACGCUGUAUAAAUGAUGGAUGCCAAACUUCGUUAGCUGUAACGUGGGGGGGGCGUCCGUGUAUCAGUGUGUCUGUCUGUCUGUCUGUGUAUCCGAGUGUGUAGCAGUGUCUCUCUCUCUCUC